CUGACAGUAAAGUUGUGUCGAGGCUUGUGCACCAGCUCUGAUUUCCUUUACAGCUCCUGACUGCAUGUGACUCAGAUUGAGGAUUACCAGCUCAACAAUGGCUUCUGGCUUGUCUCAUCAGAUCCGCUGCCCUGUGUGUUGGAAUGAUUUAAAGGACCCGGUGUGUCUUCCAUGUGAGCACUUCUACUGUAGAACAUGUAUUACUGAGUAUGUGACCAGAAAUGCUGCUGACCCUCGAUGUCCUGAAUGUCGCAACCCUUUUACUCGGUAUGAUAUCAAAGUAAAUCGAGUUUUAACAAAUUUGGUGGAUGCGGCCAAAGACCAUCUGAGGGAACAUCAAGCCUUAAAACAGUCAGUUACAACUGUCUCCACUGGAACCACACUUGCCCAAAACCAAGACAUCACAGAAAACUGUAUUUACCACAUUGAGAAACUUAAGCUUUUCUGUGUGACAGAUCAAAAACCAAUUUGUGUUGUCUGCAAAGAGGAAGAGACACACCGGGGACAUACUUUUAAAACACUGAAUGAUGCAUUCCACUGCAAAAAGCAAAAGACAUCUGAGGCUCUGGAAACUUUGCUCAGCGUAGAAGGCACACUGAUUGGUUUGGUUAAUGAUCAGGCUGAAGAGAUUCUGAAAACAAUGGGGAAAUCCAAAACACUGUCAGACCAUAUCUCUGACCAGUUUUUGAAGCUGCGCAAGUUCCUGGAUGACAAAGAGAGAGAGCUGAAGAAAAAGCUAGAGGAGGAGGAAAAUCAAAUCCUGGGCAUAAUGGGAGUAAACAUGUGUACAAUGGAAGAAAUGUUGUCAGAUGUGGGAACAAAACAAGUAAUAGUGAAGUCAGCUUUGGAAAUGAAACAACCAAGCCAGUUCCUACAGUGGUGGAAUGAGAAUGGACGCUUUGUAAAUAGGGAAAUAUUCUUAUUCAAAACGGACCCAACCCUGCAGGAUGUUAGUGUUAUACCUGACACCCUGUCUCUUGGUAUCUAUGAGACUUACCUGCAAUUCUUUGUGUGGAAAGAGAUGUUGAGAUAUAUCCAGUCAGUGCCUCAUCACCACACUGUGGAGGACAAAGGUGAUCAAGGCAUAAGCAUUUCUCCCAGUGGACGCUCUAUCCAGCCCAAGAAGGUUGGAAAAAGCCAAAAAAACAAACCCAGCUCACUUUGGUUAAAGGCAGAGUCGUCAUUUUACGAAGGGAAACACUUCUGGGAGUUGGAUGUGGGCAAAAACUGGACUGGGGUGUAGGAGUUUGUAGCUGUGAAUCAGGAAAAAUUGUCAAUGACACAGUGCUUUGCUUCAACUUGGAAUUUGGCUACCACAUCCAGCAGACCCACAAUACGGACAAAAGAACAGUUAAUAUAACAUCAGGGGCUAGGAAGAUAGGCGUCUACCUGGACUGUGAGAAAAAUCAGGUCUCGUUCUACAAUACUGACCAAAUGGCUCUUAUUGAUACCAGAGUUUUGUCACAACCGUCACCCCAUUCUCUCUGUCUCUCAGCGGGGCUUUACUUAGAUGGAAAGAACAGCGAUCCACUCACCAUAUUUUGGUAUUAAGACAUUAUUUAACUUUAAAAGUUAAAUUCAGCGUAUAAAAAUUAGGUAUUGUUUAUUAAACCUACUGUAUAGCAUACCACUGCUCAAUUCUGAUUGUUUAGGGUGUGUGCUUAAGUUCAUAUUACAGAGUCUGACAAUAGUUACUCCCAGCAAAUUAAUAUUCAUUCGUGAACAUACUGUACAAACAAUUACUGAUAUGAUUAUGCAUAUUGCAAGUGUGAAAAUAUAUUUAACAUUGGCAAAUGUAACUAUUCAAACUAAUUUCCUUUUAGGAGAUUGUUAUCAUUUAAUUAUAAGAUUAUGCCAUUAGCUUUUAGAUGCUUUAAUCUUUUGGUAGGCAAUUUUGCUUUUUUUUUUGCUUUUUUUUACAUGAACAUUUCACAAAAUUAAAUGUAAUUCUAAAUUAGUAAAAGUUCAAACAUCAUUAUAAUUUUAAUAAUUAAUAAAAAAGUUCCAAUCACCAAUUAAAAAUAUUUCACACCUAAUAAUUUAGUUUAUGUGUACAUUAAAUGUUCAGUUUUGGAUGUAAAAUCAACUUGUACUGUAUAAUUGCUUUAAUUUGUUUUUUAAAUAUUUAAUGCACAUUAUUUUGUCAAAUAUAUUACAAUAAAUUUGUAUUUUGCCAUAAAAUAUUCUCCUUAAAAUAAAUAAAGCAGUUUUAGGAUUUUAUUUAAGAAGGAUUUAGUUGUAGAGUAUGCACUUGCUAAUUUUAGUACACGAGGACAACAAAGCUAUGGACAGAACAGUGGCUCAUCAGUGCUAGCACUUGCUAUUUAUGUGACAGUCCUGUCAGCUGUUGGAUUUGUUCGUUAUAGCCAGAACUCAAAGAUGCUUUCCGCAACUUGCUUAAGCAAUUUUUACUGUUGAAUAAAAAGCAUGAGGAAAAAAAACAAGGUUGGUUUGAAAAUAUAUUGAACUGAACAUGUACUGUAUGUAGGAGUAAUAGGAAUUAAUGUGAGCUGUUCAUUUGUGUGAUUGUAUUGGCUAAGAAAGCAUUACUAUAACAUUAUUUGUAGAAGUCAAUUGUACAGUAACCUGAGAGCACUCCCAGAUUUUAUUAUUGCCCAGAGUUUAAAAUGGGAGAAUGCAGGCCAAUGUCUGAAACAUGUGCUUAUACCCAAAUAUAGAAUCCUGAGGGUAACAUGUAGGGCGAGGAGGAGUGACAAACACAUGCCCAGAAAAACCCUCCAGUCUCUGCUGAAGUCCAGUGUGAUAGACAUAUGCUGUCAGAAAUCUGAUAGUCAGCAGCUGUUAUUAGUAGCAUCGAGUUGAGCUUGAAUACAGUUUGUGGCUUUUAGAGGACACAAAAACUCAAUAUUUAACUGAAGAGUUAUUUGGAGAUAACUGAAAACAGAGAAGACCAACUGUAAACAGAAGCUGCUAUGGAUUCUCGGCUCUUCAAGCAGAUUCAGUGUUCUGUGUGUUUGGGGGAAUUUACAGACCCGGUGAGUCUGCUGUGUGACCAUACAUUCUGCAGGCAGUGUAUCAGUAACCACUCACAGACCAGCAGCCGCUUACGUCUGUGUCCCGAAUGCCGUCGACCAUACACUAUGUGGGACUUACGAUCCAACCGUGUCCUCAGGAACAUGGUUGAUGCUGUGAGGGAACACCUCACGGAACAACAAACCAUGACAGACAGGAACAUAGCUAUUGCAGGAGCCAACGGGCCAAGAGGAGGAUUGGUCGUGGAGCCUGAGAAGCUAGUGUGCCCAGACCAUGAUGAGAGGCUCAAACUGUUCUGUGAGACGGAUCAAAAACUGGUGUGUCUUAUUUGUAGAGAUGGUGAUAAACACCAGGGGCACAAGUUUAAGCCGGUAGACGAGGCAGCACAACCCAAAAAGGAGAUGCUAAAAGAACCCCUGGGCCUUUUAACAAAGGAAAACAAAGAGCUUGAAGAGCUAAUUAAGAAGCAGACCAAUGAAAUCACAAAAACUGAGGAGCGGUCCAAGCAGCUUUCAAAUCAAAUCUCUGCUCAGUUCCAGGAGAUACACCAGUUUCUGAGAGAAAAGGAGCAAGAGGUGAAAGCACUGCUUGAGAAAGAAGAAAAGGUUCUGGUAGAGAAGAUGCAGAAAAACAGAAAUGACAUAGAGGAGAAACUAAAUGCUGGAAAAGAGCAUGAAAAAGUAUUAAAGUCUGUCAUUGAGACUGACCGGUCUGAUGGUUUUCUGCAGUGGUGGACCGAUCAUGGCCAGGGUUUUGUUGAAGAGAUGAGGGAAGUUGACAGUUGGUCUAAAAGGAAUGAAAAUGCUUCCCGGUCACCAGAGUAUAUGUCAAGGGUGAAGGGCAUCAGUGUGACUGCGGAAUCCCUGUUUCUUGGCCCUUAUGAAACUCAUCUGCAGUUCUUUGUUUGGAAGAAGAUGCUUGGCUUCAUUAAACCAGUGCCUGAUCGUAAUGUAAUAUCUGACUGCCAUGACCCAUAUUUGAGGGUUUCCUCUGACGGCCGCAGUGUGACUCGCACAGACAAGAAGGGAAUUUUCUAUCGUCAGAAAGACUACAGACCACUGGCCAGAACCCACAAGUCAUUUCAGUCUGGGCAGCAUUACUGGGAGGUGGACGUGGGGGAAAAAAUUGAUUGGAGUGUGGGUGUCGAUGGCGGUUGUAUAAGCAAUUUAAAUAAGAACACAAGGUUUCAGCUAAAACAUAACCAAGGCUACUCUGUGAAAGAGAAUAGCAUAGAGACUGAUAAGGAGCUGACGGUAAAGCCACGGACAAUAGGGCUGUACUUGGACUGUGACAGGCAUCAGGUUUGUUUCUAUAAUGCUGAUGAUAUGACUUUAUUACAUACAUCUGAUUAUUUGUCUUUCACUCCUUAUUCGCUGAGUCUGUCGCCUGGGGGUUACCUAAAGGGAAGAAAUGCUGACCCAAUGACAGUGUGCUGGAAUUGAGCAAAUGCAUGAAAAAAGCAUAUGCUUCUAGUGCACAGAUAAUAUACAUUAUGACAUUUUAUCAUUAUGACAGGUGAAGUAAAAAACACUGAAUAUCUCUUCAUCGUGGCACCUGUUAGUGAAUGGAAUAUAUUAGGCAGCAAGUGCAAAUCUUUCCUUAAAGUUGAUGUGUUAGAAGCAGGAAAAAUGGGCAAGCGUAAGGAUUUGAGGGUGUUUGACAAGGGCCAACGUGUGAAGGCUAGACUACUGGGGCAGAGCAUCUCCAAAACUGCAGCUCUUGUGGGCUGUUCCUUGUUUGCAGUGGUCAGUAUCUAUCAAAAUGGUCCAAGGAAAGUGAGAAACUGAUAAACAGUGGUGAACUGGCGACUGAGUGGCCGAGACUCAUUGAUGCAUGUAAGGAGUGAACGCUGGCCUGUGUGUUCCGAUCCAAAAGAUGAGCUUCUGUAGCUUAAAUUGCUGAAGACGUUAACGCUGGUUCUGGUAGAAAGGUGUCAGAUUACAUCACAGUUUGUUGCAUAUGGGGCUGCGAAGCCACAGACCAGUCAAUAUUAGGCAGUUUGUCAUAACGUUAUGCCUGAUCAGUAUGACUAUAUUUAUGGAGGUUGUAUGAUUGAUGAAUUAUGCAAGAUAUAGUAAGCCUUUCAUGGGGCAUACAAAUGACUAUGACUUGCUAAAAAUAGCGUAUGCUUUGCCUAUGAUAAAGCUAACUGUUUAA